UCCACGCCCGGCCUCGCCGGACAGCGGGAGCUGGUGUCCCGCACGGAUCUGAUGCUCUGGGAGGGAAGCCGCAUCACUCGGGCGCAGACGGUCUGAAGUCGCCUCGUCCUCGCGGGACCGUGGCGGGGCGCCGGUCGCCUGGUUCAGGAAGCGAGGAACGUCAGAGAGGAAGUAGAAGAUGAACAAGCCUCUGACACCAUCCACAUAUGUUCGCAGCCUCAAUGUAGGAAUCAUCCGGAAGCUGUCGGAUUUUAUCGAUCCUCAGGAAGGGUGGAAGAAAUUAGCAGUGGCUAUUAAAAAGCCGUCUGGGGAUGAUAGAUACAAUCAGUUUCAUAUAAGGAGAUUCGAGGCCUUACUCCAAACUGGAAAAAGCCCCACUUGUGAGCUGCUGUUUGAUUGGGGUACCACCAACUGCACAGUCGGGGACCUUGUGGAUCUCCUGGUCCAGGUUGAACUUUUGGCCCCCGCUACUCUCCUGCUGCCAGAUGCUGUUCCCCAAACUGUCAGCUGUGUACCUCCUAGAGAAGCAGCAACGGUGGAGCAGGGGCCUUGCUGUGAAAAAGACAGCACGCCUGUACUGCCUGUGCCGAGGCUAGAACAGAGCUGUGGGCAGCCUGACUCCUCCAGCACCGCCGAGACAAGUCUGGAAUUCAGCGAUACCGAUACUCGUUUUCACAGUUUUUCAUUUUAUGAACUGAAGAGUAUCACGAAUGACUUCGAUGAACGGCCUGUUUCUGUCGGCGGCAACAGAAUGGGAGAGGGAGGCUUCGGAGUGGUGUACAAAGGCUGCGUGAACAACACAGCGGUGGCGGUGAAGAAGCUUGGAGCGAUGGUUGAAAUCAGUACUGAAGAACUGAAGCAGCAGUUUGACCAAGAGAUUAAAGUCCUGGCGAAGUGUCAGCAUGAAAACCUGGUAGAGCUGCUUGGCUUCUCAAGAGACAGCAACGACCUGUGCUUAGUGUAUGCUUACAUGCCCAAUGGUUCCUUGCUAGACAGACUGUCCUGCCUGGAUGGCACUCCACCACUUUCUUGGCACAUGAGAUGCAAGAUUGCUCAGGGUGCAGCUAACGGCAUCAGUUUUCUACAUGAAAACCAUCAUAUUCAUAGAGAUAUUAAAAGUGCAAAUAUCUUACUAGACAAAGACUUUACUGCCAAAAUAUCUGACUUUGGGCUCGCCCGGGCUUCUGCGAAGUUUACCCAGACAGUCAUGACCAGCCGCAUUGUGGGCACAACAGCGUAUAUGGCACCUGAAGCUUUGCGAGGAGAAUUAACACCCAAAUCUGACAUCUACAGCUUCGGUGUGGUUUUAUUAGAGCUAAUAACCGGACUUGCGGCUGUGGAUGAAAACCGAGAACCUCAGUUACUACUGGAUAUUAAGGACGAGAUUGAGGAUGAGGAGAAGACCAUUGAAGAUUACACGGAUGAGAAGAUGGACGAUACCGACCCUGCCUCCGUCGAAGCCAUGUACUCCGCGGCCAGCCAGUGUCUGCACGAAAAGAAAAAUAAGAGGCCAGACAUCACGAAGGUUCAACAGCUGCUACAAGAGAUGUCUGCUUAAAACGAAUGAAAGACUUCAGUUUUUAUAUGUAUAUUGAGUUCUAUAGGCAUUCACCCCUUCACCUCACACAAGCACACAC